AUGGUAGACAUGUCUAUUGUUGUUCCAGUAUGUCUUACCAUCUUUCUCUUGUCCCAAGUGUGCAUUGCACAGGUUUCCUUUGAUGGAAGCCCACUCUAUAGCUCACGUGGGUUUAGGGGUGGCUCGGCGAGCCAACAACAAUGUCGUUUUGAGCAUCUUGCUGCCCUUGAGGUCACCCACCAGGAGAAAUCUGAGGCUGGCUCCAUCGAGUAUUACAACACUGAAGCACGUGACGAGUUUCGUUGUGCCAGGGUGAGUGCGAGGCGCUUGGUCAUUGAGAGCAGGGGCUUGGUUCUGCCUGUGUAUGCCAAUGCUCACAAGUUGCUCUACAUCGUCCAAGGUAGGGGAGUGUUCGGGAUGGCACUGCCAGGCUGUCCAGAGACAUUUCAGUCGGUGCGAUCAGCAUUUGAGAUGGCAACGGGCGAUGCCGAGUCUAGCACCCGAAAAUUGAGGGACGAGCACCAGAAAAUUCACCAGUUCCGCCAAGGGGAUGUCAUUGCAGUGCCACCUGGAGUGGCUCAUUGGCUGUACAACAACGGUGAUUCUCCUGUGGUUGCUUUUUCCGUCAUCGACUUUGGCAACAAUGCUAACCAGCUUGAUCCGAAACCAAGGGAAUUUUUCCUGGCGGGAAAGCCUUGGGGCUGGCAGCAGGUCCAGUACUCAUACCAGUCUGAACAACAAAGCAAGCAUCAAAACAUCUUCGCCGGAUUCAACCCAGAUUUACUUGCUGAGGCCCUGAGCGUGAGUAGGCAGACCGCCAUGAGGCUCCAAGAACUAAAUGACCAAAGAGGGGCGAUUAUCAGAGUCGAGCAAGGCCUCCAGUUGGCACUGGAUCCUUCUUUCCAAGCUGAGCAGGAGCAAGAGGAACAGCCCCAGGAGUACUUGUCGUCCCAACAGCAGCAACCAACCUGGUCACAGCGCAGUGGAGCUUGUGUGCAAAACAAUGGCCUCGAUGAGAUCAUGUGUGCGUUUAAAGUGAGCAAGAACAUCAACAGUGCACAAUCCACUGACAUUUUCAACCCCCGCGGUGGAAGGAUCACAAGGGCUAAUAGCCAGAAUUUUCCAGUUCUCAACAUCAUCCAGAUGAGCGCCACAAGAACUGUGCUCCAGAAUAAUGCUUUGCUCACUCCACACUGGACAGUGAAUGCGCACACGGUGAUGUAUGUGACUGCUGGUCAGGGGCGCAUCCAGGUGGUUGAUCACCGCGGUAGGACUGUCUUUGAUGGUGAGCUGCGCCAGCAGCAAAUCCUGCUAAUCCCGCAGAACUUUGCAGUUGCAGUGAAGGCACGCCAUGAAGGAUUUUCCUGGGUUUCCUUCAAGACUAGCCACAAUGCCAUAGACAGCCAGAUCGCUGGAAAGGGAUCUAUUCUUCGUGCUUUACCAGUUGAUGUGCUUGCCAAAGCCUACAUGCUUUCAAGGGAGGAGUCUAGGACCCUAAAAUACAAUCGUGCUGAUGAGACCCUUGUCUUUGCACCAAGGCCUGAAAUACAGUUGUAUGCCGAGUCAGAGAAGUGA